AAUUAAGCGAAUUCUAAUAAAAUCAUCCUUCUCCUGAAUCGAUCAAUCCUUAAAUUCAUCGGAGUUGGUAGGAUCUGAGGCAGCGAGUUGCUCUGUUCUGUUCUGUUCUGUUCUGUUUUGGAAAUUGGUUUUCCUUGUUGUUGCCUUUGUAGUUUGUGUUAGUGGGAGGGGGAAAAUGAAGGAAAAUACGGGAAACCCUCUGCAAAUAAAGUCGUUGAAUCACAUAUCUCUUCUCUGUCGAUCGGUGGAGGAAUCCAUGAGCUUUUACCAUAACGUUUUAGGGUUCCUCCCGAUCCGCAGACCUGGCUCUUUUGAUUUCGAUGGCGCUUGGCUGUUUGGACAUGGAAUUGGGAUCCAUCUUCUUCAAUCUCCUGAACCUGAUAAACUAGUCAAGAAAUCUGAGAUUAAUCCCAAGGAUAAUCACAUUUCUUUCCAGUGCGAAAGCAUGGAAGCGGUGGAGAGGAAGCUCAAGGAAAUGGAGAUAGAGUAUGUGAGAGCAGUGGUAGAAGAAGGAGGGAUCCAAGUGGACCAACUCUUCUUCCACGACCCUGAUGGCUUCAUGAUCGAGAUCUGCAACUGCGAUAGCCUCCCCGUUAUCCCUCUUGCCGGUGAGAUAGCUCGUUCCUGCUCUCGAGUCAACAACAUCCGCCAGCUGGUCCAGCCAUCGCACCCUACUCAAAUCCACCCCUAGUUCUCUCUAUAUAUUCUUCUCACUCUCCCUAAAGUCUCUGUUUGGUAGAUAUAACCUUGAUGUGUUUUGUCGUCUCUUUGACUGCCUGUGAAUAGCUAGUGCGUGUAAUAAGACAGGUUGAUCUGAUUCCUAAACCGGAAAAUGACCAUCCACUCUUAAGUCUAUGUACCAUUGGUCAUCGUUUCCUUCUAAAACUUGUGGUAUGAUUUUAAAAGAAAUGUUAUAAUACAA